CUUCCUGGACCGGCUGGACUCAGUCAGGAGGACGGACUACACCCCUACCGACCAGGAUUUGUUGCGCUGCAGAGUUUUGACUUCUGGCAUUUUUGAGACCAGGUUUCAGGUCGACAAGGUCAACUUCCACAUGUUCGAUGUCGGUGGUCAGCGGGAUGAACGCAGGAAGUGGAUCCAGUGCUUCAACGAUGUGACGGCCAUCAUCUUCGUGGCGGCGAGCAGCAGCUACAACAUGGUGAUCAGAGAGGACAACUCCACCAACCGGCUCAGGGAGAGUCUGGACCUCUUCAGGUCCAUCUGGACCAACAGGUUCCUGAAGACCAUCUCAGUCAUCUUGUUCCUGAACAAACAGGACGUUCUCGCUGACAAGAUUCUGGCUGGAAAAUCCAAACUAGAGGAUUAUUUCCCCGAAUACAUCAACUACCAAGUACCUGCUGAAGCUGUUCCAGAUGCUGAUGAAGACCCCAAAGUGACCAGAGCCAAGUUCUUCAUCAGAGACGAAUUUCUG